UACCAUUUUCAUCUUCCUCAUGGAAAAAACAUUGUCAUUUCAACUUCAACCCCCUACUUAUGGGAACUUGAUCACCAUUCUCAGCAUUGAUGGGGGAGGUGUCAGGGGGAUCAUCCCUGCAACUAUCUUAGCUUUCCUUGAAUCACAACUUCAGGAGUUGGGUGGUGAGGACGCUAGACUUGCAGACUACUUUGAUGUCAUUGCGGGAACAAGCACAGGUGGUCUUGUAACUUCCAUGUUAACUGCUCCUGAUGAAAACAAUCGUCCUCUCUUUGCUGCUAAAGAUAUUAAGCCCUUCUAUCUUGAACACUGUCCUGAAAUUUUCCCACAAAAGAGAGGCUUGUGUGGAGCAAUCCAAAAAAUAUACAGAUCACUGAGAGGACCUAGGUAUGAUGGGCAAUACCUUCACAAGGUUGUGAGGGAGAAAUUAGGAGAGACUCGGCUGCAUAGCACUUUGACGAAUGUUGUGAUACCAACUUUUGAUAUCAGGCAUUUACAGCCAACCAUUUUCUCAACCUAUGAGGUGAAAAACUUCCCUUCUUUGGAUGCACGAUUGUCCGACAUAUGCAUCAGUACUUCGGCAGCUCCAACUUAUCUUCCUGCCUACCAAUUCAAAAACCAAGAUAAUGAAGGGAAUGUUCGAAAAUUCAAUCUUAUAGAUGGUGGUGUUGCUGCAAACAAUCCGACAUUAGUAGCCAUAAACCAAGUGACUAAACAGGUCUUGAAAGAAAAUCCUGAUUUCUUCCCGAUCAAACCCAUGGACUAUGGCCGCUUUCUAGUAAUUUCAGUAGGCACCGGCUCACCAAAGACAGCAGAAAAAUACAAUGCUAAAAAGGCCGCCAGGUGGGGCACUCUGGGUUGGUUACAUCAUGGUGGUUCUGUUCCACUAGUGGAUGUGUUUACUCAAGCAAGUGCAGAUAUGGUUGAUGUCCAUAUUGCUGCGCUAUUCCAAGCUCUUCGUUCAGAACAUAAUUACCUUCGAAUUCAAGAUGACACCUUGACCGGGACAGAUGCUUCAGUUGAUGUGUCUACAAAACAAAACUUGGAAAAACUUCAAUAUAUAGGAGAAAGAAUAUUGAAGAAACCAGUAUCACGGGUGAAUUUAGAGACGGGUUUGUCAGAACCAGUCGAAAAUGGAGGCACAAAUGAGGAAGCUUUGAAAAAGUUUGCAAAAAUACUCUCACGAGAAAGGAUGCUUCGAGAUGCAAAAUCUCCACACACGAAAAGGCACUUCUAAUGCCGAUUACUACAUCAGAUUAUUAAUGAUCUCCAGUCUCUCUCUCUCUCUCUCUCUCUCUCUCUCUCUCUCUCUCUCUAUAAAUAUAUAGUAGUCCAAAAAUGGUACCUUAGUUACUCCUGCAUAGA